GGUGGGAGGUGGCACCCGUGGCUGAGAAGUAGGCCUGAGAGAGACAUGUCUCCGGCGGCUGAGGCACAGCGGCCCGUGGCGCUGUUUUUCUGAGUCCGGGGCGGCCUGGCGGGGCUGAGGACAAGGCUCGGCGGAGGCUGCCCCCCGCUGUGGAGGCCGCCAUGCUGGGCGCCCGGGCGGAUGAGGGAGCCGCCGUGGCGCUCCUGCGACUGCUGCUGCUGCUGCUGCUGCUGCCGGCGCUCCGCGGACCGGGGCUCGGCGUGGUGGGCUCGGCUGGGGCCGGGCUGCCCGAGAGCGUGAUUUGGGCCGUCAACGCCGGCGGAGAGGCGCAUGUGGACGUGCACGGCAUCCACUUUCGCAAGGACCCUUUGGAAGGCCGGGUGGGCCGAGCCUCUGACUAUGGCAUGAAACUGCCAAUCCUGCGUUCCAACCCCGAAGACCAAAUCCUGUAUCAAACAGAGCGGUACAAUGAGGAGACCUUUGGCUACGAAGUGCCCAUCAAGGAGGAGGGGGACUAUGUACUGGUGUUGAAAUUUGCCGAGGUCUACUUUGCACAGUCCCAGCAGAAGGUAUUUGAUGUGCGAUUGAAUGGCCAUGUUGUGGUGAAGGACUUGGAUAUCUUUGAUCGCGUUGGGCACAGUACAGCUCAUGAUGAAAUCAUCCCGAUGAGCAUCAGAAAGGGGAAGCUGAGUGUCCAGGGGGAGGUGUCCACCUUCACAGGGAAACUCUACAUCGAGUUUGUCAAGGGAUACUAUGACAAUCCCAAAGUCUGUGCACUCUACAUCAUGGCUGGGACAGUGGAUGAUGUACCAAAGCUGCAGCCUCAUCCAGGACUGGAGAAGAAAGAAGAGGAGGAGGAGGAGGAAGAAUACGAUGAAGGGUCUAACCUCAAAAGACAGACCAAUAAGAACCGGGUGCAGUCGGGCCCCCGCACGCCCAACCCCUAUGCCUCGGACAACAGCAGCCUCAUGUUUCCCAUCCUGGUGGCCUUUGGAGUCUUCAUUCCAACCCUCUUCUGCCUCUGCCGGUUGUGAGAACAAAUCACCAUCCUGAAUAGGUGGAGGGGUGUGGGAAAGAAACCAAACAUGUUGGUUUGGGUUUCUGUAUUUUUUACAGUGAUUAACAAAAACAAACAAAUGAAACACACACACACACACACACACACACACACACACACACACACACACACACACACACACACACACACACACACACACACACACACACACACACACACACACACACACACACACACACACACACACACACACACACACACACACACACACACACAAUUAAAGGAGAUGAAAAGAGGCGGAGUGAGUAGAGAGCAGCCCUCAUCCACCACCUGGUCCUAGACCUGCUCCAGUCCUAGUUCUCUCUUUAUGGUGGCCUCCAGCUGUCUCUUUUCUCUCCAGGGUACAUAGGGUAAACUGGAUCCUACCUGGUCCAGGGUCUUCGUCCGUAAACGCAGUGGAAAGGACUCUGAACUCAGAGCAGACACGGUUCCUUUUUUUAGGUUAGAAAUUAACAGCAGGGAAAUGUCAUCUUCUUACCUGAGAAGACUAGCGCUGGGAGUUGGGUAUAUUCUGAAGUUAUGUCUAGAUAAGUUUUCAGAUGUCCUGGGAUUCAAAGUGUGUGUGGUUUGUGUGUGUGUGUGUGUGUGUGUGAAGGUGUAUAAUUUGUAUGAUAAAAAUGAAAACGGAAGGGGGAUUAAAAAGAAGAAAGAAAAGUAGAUACUUCCUUACUUGGAAGCCUUUCUGGUUUUAGCCCAAUGAUGGUUCCACCUUAAGUGUUUGAGCUUUGUCAUUGCUUGUCUCCCGGACAUGUGCCAGUUAGAGAACUGUCUGGUAUCCGAGACGAUUAGUUUAUAUCAGGUCCUCAAGUUGCCUCUGACUUCUUACCACAAACAAAUCAUUUUGAUUUCAGUGCCUGUUGGGGACUUGAUUUCCUCUCUCUCUUUUUUUCUGAACCUGGCUCAUUUGAAAUCUCUCUCUCAACCAUCCCGCUAAGUUAUUGCCAAGAAGGGAAGGAGACAUAGGGAUUUGGGGUUCCCUCUGCUUGAAUGUCUUAUCCUCCACCACCUCACCUUACUGGUACCUCCCUCCCUGGAUCUCUGAGCCAGCAGCCAGGAGGACCUGACCCAGCAGUUCUUUUAUUGGCCCCUUUGUAGGGUCUUGCUGCCAGGGGACAGGGAUGCUUUCCAGCCUGCAGCAACAGAACACUUGACCUUAAAAGUCUCUUCUGAUCUUUGGAUCAGAAAAGGCUUAUGUUAGCAUAACUUAAGAGCAACCUCGGAGACUUGAGCCCUACUAAGUGACUGACCACUGUUGAGAGUAUCUAGUACCUGAUGUUCAUUUAUUCCCACAUCCUUCCAUGUCACGGUUCAACCAGUUUUGGUUUAGGCCUAGAGCUGCCCCAAGGAGCUAGACUGAUUGUCUGUAUCUGGCCCAGUGACGCCUCUCACUGACCUUAAUAGCCUGCCCUUUUUGUCCUUUCAUUUCCUUGUCCAAGUCUCAGCCAGGUUCUUGAUGUGAUGGGGCUGAAAGAUUGCCAGUCAGCCAUAGUCUUGGCAGCUCUGAAGCCACCCUUAGCCUCUAAGUGUCUGUCUUGAAUUCCAUGGGAAAAUUUCUGCAGGAAGUGAGGCUUCCUUGUUCCUCUCCUUUCUGGUCCCUGUCAUCCUUUUCCCAGUUAGGGGAGCAAUGAGAGAGGACCCAGCUAAGCUACAAGGAAUUUUGUGGAUGGAAAGCUGCAGGAUUAGCUUAUGCUUGGGUUGGAGCAGCAUAGAAGCUCAGGCCAGGCUCAUCUUUUUAGAAUGCAUUUAAUUUUGAGUUUGUCUCUUUGGAUAUGUUUUCCAAGAGCUCCAUAUAUUUGAACUGCUUAUUAUGUGACUAAGUAGCCCUUGGGCUCAUGUCCUGGGUUUUGGUUCUUAAUGAGUUACUCCAGGUCAGCAUUUAGUCCUUUGAGAGUCGUAGCCCUUUAUUUCAACUGUGACUUAGGCCUCGAUACUUGGGUACUGAGUCAGGCAGCUGGACAGCUGCGGCCUGGAGCUAUAAUCAGAGGAACACUUCUGGAGUGCUUCAUGAAGCUCCCUGCGUUACAGGAUGAUGUCCUGAAGCCUUGGUCCUGGGGACCACCUGCCUGGGGCAGUGGACAUCCUGGCUAUUAACUGGGCUUCUGACAGGGGCUUCGAGUCCCGUUCCGUCACAGCUCUCCAAAGCCGUAGGCUACUGCCAGUGGGGUAAACAGGGUGCUGCCUCCAUUGUGCCUUGUUCAUCAGUUUGCCUGGGGCUCUCUGAGGAAGGAGGGCUCCCCGCCUCCUCACCUCAACCCUUCCCUUCGGUGACUCAGAGUCUCAGAAGGAAACCCUGGCUCCUGGGGCCAUUUCCUAACGGUACUGUAAGCCAAGCAGCUUUGCUUCUGCCUCUGUUUCCAAGCCCACCCUUUCCCCCUGAGCUCAGGGAUAGGGACGGGCACUUUCCUCUUUGGUUGUGUCUGAAAGGAAGGAACAUCUUUCUGUGGCUCAGAAAAACUAAAGGGGAAGUGAGGAAACAGGAAGAAGUAUGGGGGCAGCUGGGGUCGAGUCCCCUGGAGCCAAGCACACCCAGAUCACAGAGCUGCCCAGGGCUGGUUACGGUUGGCUUGUGAUGCUGAACUUGAAAGUUUUUUUUUUUUUUUGGCUCUUUCAAGACGAUAUAGGUACAUGAAAUUUGGGUUAAAGGGGUGGGGAUGGGGUACUCUUUAUUUUUAUUUUUGUAUUGUGUAUGUCAAGAAUUACUCUGUUGUUCAUCUUUUGCUUUUUGCACUGUUUGUCCCCACGUCUGUAUCCUGAGCUGGUGCUAGGGGCUGAGAGGCUGUGCUGUAGGGGAGUCUGGCUGGGGUUGGGGAGGUGAGAAGUCACGCCCGUUAGGCGUGAGGAAGGAGAGGCCUGGGCUCUUCUACUGGAUCCACGCUUGUCCUAGGGUUUUAGAUCUUCCUGAGCCCAGCUGGCCAAAGCCAAGAGCAGAUAGCCAAGGUGAAACUCUUGUUGCCAGAAGUGUGGCUUGGGUUCAGUUUCCGGGUGGACUGGGCAAAGAUGUCUGAGGGAGGUGGGCUCAGAGUCUGCAGUGUAGCCCUGAUUUGGAUCAGGGACCAACUGGCCUCUAAUCAGACUUUUUGGGGGCUUCACUCAUUGCUGAUGGGAACAUCAUGCCAGGAAACAAUCUUUGGGACCCAUGUCCCCUAAACCAGUUAGGUUUUUCUAAAAAAGCCUCCACUAUUGAGGAGAAGCUGCUCAGUGUUUCCCUUGCGUUCUGGUGACUUGAAAGGUGGUUCUCUUUGUGUCAGUGAUGUCAGACUUGCAGGAGGACCACAGGGCCUGCAGGCCCACCUGUUGGUUUGAGAGUGUGAUCUUGUUUUCUUGUUCCCACUGUUUGCCUAAGAGAUACUGGCCUGAAAUUGGAGGAUCACAGUAGAGGUCACUUAGGCUUGGAAGAGAUGGGGUGAAGUUUGAGUUAAGUUUACCCUGCCCCCUUUCUUUGCCUGGGAACUGUUUAAUCCAGUUUUAGAAUUGUGAUUUGACUUCUUUUCUUUUUGGAGAAGCUUCUGUUUUAAGGAAUUUCUCUUCCUCCGUAUCCUGCCUCUGCCCUCGCCUGGGAAGGCCUGGCCAUGGCUUCUAGAAUCUCAGUUGAACUUCAGAAAACAGCAGCAGUAUUUUCCCUUUCCUAGCACUUAUAUUCCUUUCCCUAGAAAUUGGUUUACCUUGGGAAGCACAGGGGGAGGAUCAGCAGGAUCUUGACCCUCCCUGGGGAUUGGGGAAGGACCCACGCGGCCAGCACAGUGCCUUGUCCUCUCCUGCUCUGAGCCAGGGUGGGCGUUCCCUCUAGAUUCAGGUCUGGGCAGGGGGUCUCACAGUCCCUUCCUCCCCCUCCCCUUUGCUGCCUGGCUCUGACCUAAUUCAGGUGUCUUCUUGCCUCGAGGAGCCUUAAUGGCAUCAAGUGGCAACGUUAAUACCAUCCUCCAUGCCUCUCCAAAAGGACCUAGAAGAGCAGGUGAGCUUUCCAGAGUGAGAGACGAAUAGAUGCUCCUGUUUUAAAAAAACAAGUUGGGGAGGGGAGGGUAAGCUUUGGGCCUCCUUCCGCUGUGGCCCCUGGGGAAGGCGCCUGGGGCGAGGCUAAGUGAUGGUGCAGAAGCAGAACCAGAAACACCCAGGAUUGGUUCAGAGACCAGAGAAGGAAUCUGCUUUUCUUCUAUGGGAAGAUGUAAUUAGGGACCAAAGAGCUCUAAGAAAAUUGCAAAGAAGGCUUCACGUUCAAACUUAGGAGAGAUCAGAGUAAUUUUUCCCUUUCAGUCCGAGCUAGGACUCUUUCUGUAUUUAUACCUCUCCUGGGGCAAGAGGGCUAGAUUUCCUCAUUUUGUUACAAGACUAGGUUGGCACCAAUGGGUCCGCUUCCCAGCGAGGGCGGUUUCUUCCCUGUACAUGGGUGGCUUGCAGCCGCUGGUUUGUCCUUGCCCAGCUGCCUUUGGCAAGCUGGCUAUAGGCUGCCAAAUCAUUUGGAUAAGGGCAGAUGAUUUGGGGCCUGGCUGGGUUGGCAGGAAAAGAGCAGGAUGGAUCUCUUGGGACGGGUUCCCCCCUCCCCACCCCCCAGGAGUAUAAAAACAAGGAGCCAGGAUUUUGCUGGCAGCCUGGGAAACAGUAGUGCCUGCUGGAGUUGGCACAGAGGGCCCUGGCACCUCUCGCAUCCAGGCAGUCUUGUGAGAGGGGAGCACGUAGCACCAGGAAAAGCAGAACUCCAUUCUCACCUCUAUUUUGAGCUUUGGGGCUUUAUUUCAGUACGAGGAAAAACAACAACAAUCUGAAGUGCGCUUUCCGUCCUUUCAAAGGACAACUGUCGGGAAAGGAGGGCCGAGUUGCCAGGUGGGAGGGGAGAGUUGGCAGGGAGAGGCAUUGUGGCAGAACCAGGAAUGAGACAUCCUUGACUCCUGUCUUCCCUGGUGUGUCAUGAUCCAGGGAAUGAAAAGAAAUUUGACCCUGGAUUAGUUCCCUCCUUGGAUUUUCCUUCCACCAAAUUCUCCCACGCUUGGACCAGCUGCCCAUUCAGAGCUCAGGGCAGCCUCUUCAACCACUACUGGCCUAACCUGGCUCGUCAGGAAACCAACCCCACCCCUCUAGAUCGGGCCUGGCUGCUCUAUUCUGUACCAAGUACUGGACAAUAGUGUCAAGUUCUCAGUAGCCCCUGUAGCUCCUACUCUAGAUUCCCAUCCUCUCCCUGCAGAGGCCAAACCUACUCUCUGUCUGUAGCCACAACACGCAUUUCCAGCGACGCAGUGAGAUGUGAUUGAGGGCUGUGAACCUGGCUGGCCCGGGAAAGCUGGAUAGAGCUCUUUCCUUCUGGGCUGUCUCCAUCUGUCCCUACCCCUUCCAUGCCCCACCCUACUCCCACCAAAAAGUAAAAAAAAUCAGGAUGUUUUUCACUGUCCAUUGCUUUGUGUUUUAAUAAACAAUUUGCAGUGACA